AUGAGCACUGAGCUUUCUCUGUUGCCAUUGCAGAGCAUUGCUCUCCAGAAAACCGACUUCUCGCUUGAUUCUCACACCAAUACUGCGGACUCUCCCAAGUCAUUGAAGCUUGCGUUGAUCACAGCCACACUCAUCAAGGCUGCGAGGGCUCUUGUCUCCCACAUGGUUGGCCAGAACUCAGGUUGGCAUGUAGUUGUCCUCGCUGGCAAUGAGCUUCUCAACGCCCAAGACACCAGCGGCAGCCACCGACGCACGAUUAUCUGUGACCACUAUGAUGAUUUUGUCGCCCAGCAGCCCCUCAAAGCUCACGGGGAUACAGUGUCCCCCUCUAUGAUUGGCGAUGAUUUUAUGUCUUGA